UGUCAAGAACAUUGAUUUAAAAUUCAGCAACUUUUAUCUGGAAAUCGUGAAUUAUUUGGAAAUGCAACAGCCGGAAUAUGGAAGCCUCUUCAUCUGAACACCACAAACGUCUGGAAUACUGCACUACCAGAUUGAAAUACCGUCAGGGCCGGGAAUUGAAAGCUGUGAAGGUUUAUACAGUGGCUAGUGAGUCUCGGCAUUUGCUGAUAUUUGGGGUACCUAAAAUAAAUCUUCAAGCUAAUCUCAAGACGAAACUACAGGGAUUUGGUAAAGUGACAUCGUGUAUUUCGGUAACUUCAGAGAUGGCUUCAAAAAUGGAGCUGGAAGCUUUUACAGAUGUGUUUGCCGUGAAGUUCGAGCGCCUGGAGGUGGCGAGAAGAGCCAAGAAAAUGCUCGAUGCCCAUCAGUUCUAUGGUGGAAUCUUGCACAUAUCAUACGCUCCAGAACGAGAAUCCCUCGAGGAACUUAGGGAGAAGAUGGAGCAGCGCAGACAUGAAGUAGCUUUUCGUAUUCGGAGGAAUCAGAAGGAUCAACCACAAGUUCCAAAAAAGAGCCGGGAAACCACAUGAGUACAGGAUGUCAACGAUUUAU